AUGACCACCAACUCCCAACCGCAACAGCAGUCGUGGGCCGACUGGUUUCUUGACUCCUACGCCGCUUCCUCCCCCAUCACCACCGAACCCAUCCACUUCGCCGACGACGAAAGCGCCGAGCACCAUCAUACACGCCACUCCGAAGACUCUCCCAUGUCUGCGGCGUCGAGCCAUUCCUCGUCGUCAGCUGCCGCCCCACGCAGCUUCUCCGCGCACACCACGUCAUCCCUGUCGCCGUACGGGCCCUACACUCCGGUGGGAAGAGGCGGAGCGGGAAACUUCUACUGGCAAGCUGCGGCGUCGCAGUCGACGCCCGAUCUUGAGACGGGCCAGCACCCGAGCUUGUCGGAGCGGCGAGCCGCGGCGACGAAGCUGCAGCGCAUCAAUACGGGCGAACAGCUCAAGCCGCGCAACAUCUCGAGUCAGUAUGUGCACGUGGGCCGCGGGGGAGCUGGGAAUCUGGCGCAGGGCAGUGAGAUACUGUUGUCGAGGAGUCCGGUGAGUCCGAUACCCGGUGGGGGAGGGGUGAGCACGCCGACGGUGGGGAGGGGAGGGGCGGGGAACGUGGGCAAGGCGGAGGAGCAGAAGAGGUUGGUGAGGAGGGCGCAGGAGGAGAUGGAGAGGAUUGAGGUGGAGAAGAGGAGGGAGAGGGUUGUGCAGCAUGUGGAUACCCUGUUGAUGCCGCCGCCGGGGGCAUUCCUGGGUGGGAGUCGCAGGAGCAGUUUCGUGGAUGGGGUGUGA